AUGUCUUCCCGAGCAAAUUUACAGGUUGCUGCUGGGAGUCCCGUCGUUAUACCUUCCUCCCCUGUUACUCCUGUUACUGGUAACGUUGUCAAUGUUGCCAACGGUGCUGGCUUCCAAUCGCCUGCUCAACCAUCUCGCAUUUCAUCUCAUCAGAAUCACAGUACCAGCAAUCUGCAGCUAGCCGGAGUACAACAAGUGCAAGUCCAACAGGUCCCACUACAGGCUCCACAACAGGUCUCGCAGCAGGUCCAGGGACAACCGCAGACACAGGCUCAGGUACAGGCACAAGUUCAAGCACAGCAGCAUACGCAACAGCAACAGCAACAGCAACAGCAACAACAACAACCAUCACAGUCACAAUCAAGUGGAGGAGGAGGACAAGUUGUCGGACUACACUACAAGAUCGGCAAGAAGAUCGGAGAAGGAUCAUUUGGUGUGAUUUUUGAGGGUACAAACCUAAUUAAUGGCAUUCCUGUGGCUAUAAAGUUUGAACCAAGAAAGACUGAGGCACCUCAGUUGAGAGACGAGUAUCGUACAUAUAUGCAUCUAAUAGGCGUACUAGGUAUUCCGACUGCCUAUUACUUUGGCCAAGAAGGCCUACACAAUAUCUUGGUUAUUGACUUACUUGGCCCCUCGCUUGAAGACUUGUUCGACUGGUGUAGUCGAAAGUUUUCCGUCAAGACCGUGGUCCAAAUAGCGGUUCAGAUGAUUAGCUUGAUCCAAGGAGUCCAUGAACAUGAUCUAAUAUACAGAGACAUCAAACCCGACAACUUUUUAAUUGGACGUCGUGGUAUGCCGGACGAAAAUAUGGUUCAUAUGGUUGAUUUUGGUAUGGCCAAGCGUUACAGAGAUGCCAGAACUAAGAAACACAUUCCUUACAGGGAAAAGAAGUCAUUAAGUGGUACGGCCCGUUACAUGUCUGUCAACACCCAUUUGGGAAGAGAACAGUCCCGUAGAGACGACAUGGAGGCGCUGGGUCACGUUUUCUUCUACUUUCUCAGAGGUCAAUUGCCAUGGCAAGGACUCAAGGCACCAACCAACAAGCAAAAAUACGAGAAGAUUGGCGAGAAGAAGAGAACUACCGCCAUUUCGGACCUUUGCCAGGGUCUUCCUACUCAAUUUGGCGAGUACUUACGUCGUGUUAGGGACCUACCAUUUGAAGAGGAACCUGACUACGAUGGUUACCGUUCAUUGCUUCUUUCUGUGUUGGAUGACAUUGGAACAACAGCAGACGGUCAUUACGACUGGAUGGACUUGAAUGGAGGCCGUGGCUGGGAUUACUCCAUCAACAAAAAGCCUAAUUUACAUGGCUACGGUCAUCCGAAUCCUCCUCACCGUCACCAACAGAGAAGAACUAGAUCAAACCAACCGUAUUACCAACAGCCACACCAUCAUUCGCACCAGGCGCUUGCCCCACAACAGGUUCAACAGCAAACCCAGCAGGUGGACCAAGGUCAGCAAUAUCACCACCACCAGCAAAAUGGUACUGGUGAUAGGCCUCUUCCAAACUUACCCGAUAGCCGUAUCAAUGAUCUUGGUCACAGUAACCGCCAGCAAUUUCGGCAGCAGCUCUCUCAAUACGACCAGCAUGAUGUGCUCCAACAGCAGCCUCAUGCUACUAGCGAGCCUGUUAGAGCAUCCCAGCAACACAAGAUUCAACCUGAUCAACUCUCAUCCCAAUCGGGUAAGGGAUUCUUCUCAAGGGUCUUCCCAUGUUGCUGA